AUGACCACUUUUGAUAUCGUCAGUGCUAGGGAAAGCUUCCCCGCAUUAAAGCAAUCCCAGGUCUUCUUUGACAAUGCUGGAGGAAGUCAAACUCUUGGGACGGUCAUCGAUUCAAUUUGCAAUUACCUAUCCAAGACCAAUGUUCAACUUGGGGCUUCCUACGCUGUUGGCCAGAAAUCCAAUGCUCUAUAUAGCGCUGGGUUUGAAGCUGCCGCCAAGUACAUCAAUGCUUCACCAGACAACAUUGUCCUGGGUUCUUCCACGACCCAAUUAUUCCGCAAUCUAUCCUCCGCCCUCCAAUUCCCAGCAGGCUCAGAAUUAGUAAUCUCGUCCAUCGACCACGAAGCCAACAUCGCCUCCUGGCUCGACCUUGCCAAACGCCGCAACCUCGUCAUAAAAUGGUGGACUCCCAAAACGAAAGAGAAUCCCAAGCUCCUUGCAUCAGAUCUCCCAGAGCUGCUGUCCAGCAAGACGGUUCUAGUCACGUGUACGCAUGCUUCAAACAUCCUAGGCACGAUCCACGAUAUCAAAGCCAUCGCGGAUGCCGUGCAUACGAUCCCGGGAGCUCUAUUGUGCGUUGAUGCUGUGGCUUAUGCUCCACAUCGGCAGAUUGAUGUUAAGGCGUUGGGAGUGUAUGGUCCGCAUAUCUCCAUGCUAUAUGCAUCUGAACACGGGCUUCAAGCUACCGCGUCCCUAGGCCACUUUUUCAACCCCUCUCGCACCUUGGAUAAUAAGCUUGGUCUCGCGGGUGCUAAUUACGAACUCACGUCUUCGAUUCCCUCAGUCUUUAACUAUUUUGGAUCUAGCCCUUCCGAAAAGUGGGCUGCGAUUGAGAAGCAUGAAGGCGAGCUGCAGGGAACUCUUUUGCAGUACUUGAAUACAAGGACCGAUGUAACGAUUUGUGGAGAGAAGGAUGCGGAUACCAAGAAGAGGGUCAGCACGAUUAGUUUUGUGGUCAAGGAGAAGAAGAGUAAGGAUUUUGUGGAGAAGGUGGAUGAGUUGAGCAAGGGGGAGAUGGGAAUUAGGUGGGGUGGGUUUUAUAGUAAUCGGUUGGUGAAUGAGGUUCUGGGAUUGGGAAAUGAUGGCGUGGUGAGAGUUUCGAUGGUGCAUUAUAAUACUGUGGAGGAAGUGAAGAAACUACUUGGGCUAUUCGACCAAGUUCUCGGGAAGGCAUAG